AUGCUCUCCACUCGUUUACUUUCGCUCCUCCCUUUCCUCUCCCUCGCCCUUGCGGCUGACCCUGCGGUGGUCACAGUGUGCGAGUUCCUUCACGCGCAGUACCCCGACAUCACCAUCUUCGACCCAUUGGGCAGCCAUGGCUCAACCACACCAGUCGGCGAAGAUACAUUCAACAACACCCUGACCGAGUACUGGAACAAGCUCAAUGGAGAUAACCGGCCGACCUGUGCCUUCUACCCACGCAAUGCAGGCCAGGUAUCCGUCGCCGUCAAGCAGCUGAACAAGUACCCGGAAGUGGAGUAUGCGCUCAAGUCCGGAGGGCAUAACUUCAACAUCGGCUUCUCUAGCACUGAUGGGGGGAUUCUGAUCUCCUUCAACGAGAACCUCUCUUCCACCGUUCGCUCGGAGGAUGGAGAAAGUUUUGAUGUCGGCCCUGGUGCACGCUGGGGAGAUGUCUACGAGGAAACCAUCAAGACCAACCAGGUCGUUGUCGGAGGGCGCCUGGGAAACAUUGGUGUCGGUGGUUUUAUCCUCGGAGGCGGACUGUCUUACUACUCUGCCCAAUACGGUCUUGCGUGCGACAACGUGGUCAACUUCGAAGUCGUCCUGGGCAAUGGGACCAUCGUCAACGCCAACAGCACAUCUCAGCCCGAUCUCUGGUGGGCCCUCAAGGGUGGCGGAAACCGCUUCGGAAUCGUCACGAAAUUCACAUUGAAAGCACACCCACUGGGCGACAACGGCCGAGUCUGGGGAGGGAUCAAGCUCUUCAGCACGUUGCAGCGCGGGCAGCUCUUCUCUGCGAUUUCCGACUUCAUCCGGACGUACCCCGACACCAAGGCAGCGGUUAUUCCCACCUUCAACAUCGCCAUUGUGGAUGCUAUCAUGGUCUUCUUCUACUACGACGGCCCGUCACCCCCCGCGAAUGCCUUUGCCGGCCUGGACCGGAUCCCCGCGUUACUCGACUUUACCAAAGAAACCACUUUGGUCGAAAUGUCCAACAUCGCCGGCGGCGCCCAAAUGACCGGCCAAACAACCGCAGCACACGUCAACGGAUUCCCCAAUAUGGAGAGGACCAAAACUCGUCAGUUGAUGGAGUACACAUGGCAAACCUACAAAAAGAAAGCCAAAGCGGACAGCGCCCGCAACAUCAAGUUCACGACUGCGACGUUUGCUACCCAGCCUCUUCCGCGCGUUAUCGCUGAACACGGCACCGCCAAUGGCGGAAACACUCUGGGUCUCGAUCCGAAACAUGGAGACUUCUUCUGGAUUGAGAAUACGCUUCUUUGGGACGAUGAGAUUUGCGAUGCGGCCUGCCCGGAUGUGCUCCAUGACAUUGGGGACAUGGUGCUCGAUCGAUUCCAGAGUCAGUUUGCGGGGUCAAAGCCGACGAAUUAUAAGUCGGGUGACUUGGACUUUAUCUCGGUAAAUCCAUUGUUCAUGAACGACGCGGCCGACUAUCAAGACGUCUACUCGACCUAUGGAGCAGAGAAUAAGGCGAGACUGAUCCAGAUAGCCCAGAUGUAUGACCCAAGUGGCUUUAUGAACCGGCAGGGAGGCUGGCCGCUUGAGUAA